AUGGUUCCUGAAAACGAUGUCAAGCAAAAGAAAAAAAAUAAGAAGAAGAAAGCAAAGGCUGAAGAGGGAAAAGUUCAGCCUGAGGAUGCGAUUACCAGGGACAUGGACCAGGCUCCGCCAGUUGAAAAGGAGUACAACCAGAAGCUAACUCAUACAAACGGUGAUAUUGAUGCAGAUUUUGUUGCUGACAAAAUUCACUCCAAGGAGAAAGAAAAAAAGAAGAAAAGGAAAAAGAACAAGAAGCAGGAGAGUUCAGCGGAUGCAAAUGCAGAGCAAACUGUUACUGAUAAGAAUGGGUCCUCAGCGGAGGUUGAGGAGAAGGCUGAAGUCAAGCCAUUUCAAGUGAGAUCCUUCCCAAAUGGCUUGGUCAUUGAGGAGUUGGAAAUGGGUAAACCAGAUGGGAAAAAAGCUUCUCCUGGGAAAAAGGUCAGUGUCCAUUACAUUGGCAAGCUGAAGAAGAAUGGAAAAAUAUUUGAUUCUAAUAUUGGCAGAGCACCUUUUAAAUUCCGCCUAGGCGUAGGACAAGUUAUAAAGGGAUGGGACGUUGGUGUUAAUGGUAUGCGAGUUGGGGACAAAAGAAGACUCACAAUCCCACCAGCCAUGGGUUAUGGGGCUCGGGGUGCUGGUGGCGACAUACCGCCCAACUCUUGGCUGAUUUUUGAUGUUGAAUUGGUUGAUGUAAGUUGA